AUGCCGACGGGGACGAAGGUGGCGCUCGACGACGCGCGCGCGGCGUGCGUCGCGCUCGCGCUCGAGGAGGCGGACGCGGUCGGGAAGAUCACGCUCACGGGACCGGGGCGAGGGACGGCGGCGGAGGCGCAUCGAAGGGUGGAGUUUCGAUGGGUGACGAUUCGGGGGCGGACGGCGCUGCAGCGGACGCGGUACGACGAACGACAGGCGUUCACGAGUAAUCACGCGAUCGAGGGCGAAGGAGGGCUCGUUUCGAAGAGCGCGAGCGGGGAUGAGGACGCGAUCGGGGCGAGGGAGGCGCUGGAGGAGGCGCUGAGGGCGGGAUAUAAACAUUGGCGCGUCGAACACGCGCGCGGCGGUUACAACGUGACGGCGAACGCGAAGAAGGCUCGGGCGACGAUUUCUAGGGACAACGCGAGUAAGGGGACGCUGAUAGACGGUAGUGCGAGAACGCAGACGAUCGUCGUCGGCCCACAAGGGCACGACCGCGAGAAGUCGAGGUUACUGACGGGGGAGGACCCGUUUUUGCGAUACGUCGGCGUCGUCGCCAAGGAUGGAACCAUCAAGGCGAGCAAGCGGGACAAGUACAAGCAAGUGGAGGAGUUUCUGAAGAUUUUGAACGUUGCUUACGACACCGCGACGUCGGCGGGACACAUGAAGGGCGGCGAUGAGACUCGCCCGCUUCGUGUGUGCGAUUUAGGAUGCGGGAACGCGUAUCUCACGUUUGGGGCGUACUCGCUCUUGAGCUCGAAGAGACGCGUGCCUACAAACGUAGUGGGCGUCGACGUGAAGCGCCAAGCGCGCGAACAUAACUCGCGGGUGGCCAAAGAGCUAGGUUGGGAUGCGUCGAUGAGAUUCAUUGAAGGCACGAUCGCCGACGCCGACGUGACUUUCGUAGACGGUUCAGAGGAGGACGCGUUCACCGACGUAGUGCUCGCUUUGCACGCGUGCGACACGGCGACGGAUGAGUCCAUCGUUCGAACGGUGCGUUGGUGCGCUCCACUGGCGCUCAUCGCGCCGUGCUGUCAUCACGAUCUCCAAGUGCGUUUGAAAAGCGCACCUCAUGUUGCUUUCCCGCCGAUGGCGAGGCACGGCAUCCUCAGCGAACGUCUCGGUGACGUUCUCACGGACGCAUUCAGAGCUCACAUUUUGCGACUGCUGGGAUAUCGCGUCGACGUCAUGGAAUUCGUAGGAGGGGAGCACACGCCUCGAAAUACUCUCAUUCGAGCGAUCCGCACGAACGCGUCGGCGUCGAAGGCGGCGUGGGAAGAGUAUGAUCACAUGUGUUCAACGUGGGGCGUCACGCCUUUUCUCGCGGACGCCCUCGCCGAGGAGUUGGCGGUGGCGCGUCGCGCGAUCUGA